AUGACCUUCAACGUCCUCACGACCAACGCGGUCGACCUGCAGCAGCUACUCGAAAAGAACAUGACCACGAGCGCUCAAAUCGUGGAAGAGUAUUUAGCACAAAUCGAUCGCUACGAGCCUGCACUCAAUGCGCUGAUCUCGCCUGCCCCGCGAGACAAGGUCCUCGAAAUUGCCAAGGCUCGGGAUGAAGAGCGCCGGAAAGGACAAAUACGGGGCCCAUUCCAUGGAAUUCCCAUAAUAUUGAAAGACAGCUUUGUCACAGCGUCGGAGCUGGGCAUGAGCACCACAGCUGGGUCAUAUGCGUUCAUCGGAGCCAAGGCGUCAAAGAACGGAGCUAUAACUCAGCGGCUGAUUGACGCUGGCUUGGUUAUCUUGGGAAAGGCGAAUAUGACUGAAUUCGCUGGCAUGAAAAUGACCAUGAUGAUGCCCGGUUGGUCUGCUCACGGCGGUCAGACUCUAUCGCCGUAUGUUGGGAAGAUAGAGGACAAUGAGAAGAUACUUGGCCACUCAGCUCCGGGGGGCUCAUCUACUGGUUCUGCGGUCGCUGUAGCGGCUGGGUUUAGCCCUCUUGCCAUGGCCACUGAGACAAUAGGUUCCAUUGUGACUCCGUCAACACGCGCCGGUCUGUAUGCACUCAAGCCUACCACCGGGCUCCAGGAUACUACUGGGCUGUACACCAUGACGGAGUUCUUCGACAGUCCGGGCCCUAUGGCCAAAUCAGCUGCUGACGUUCGCGUUCUUUCUGAAAUACUACUCGAUUGCUUGUUUAACUCCCCCCAAUUGGGUUCCUGGGAAGGUCUUUCGGUGGGCUUCCUGGAUCCAAAUAUUUGGAGCAUGUCACUAGACUUUUGUACACAAUUUGAAGGUACAGCAGAGCAAAUGGUAGACGAGUACGAAGAGACGGUUUCCGCUCUACGAAGCGGAGGCUGUUCUAUUAAAUACCCAAUCCAUUGCAAGGAUCCCUCAGUAUUACCGGCUACUAUAUUGCCAAUCGCAUAUUGGGAUUUUAAGAAUGUCUGCAUCCCUAGGUUUAUUCGCUCAUUUCGCGAGUGCUCUGUAACAAGUGUUGCAGAUAUAGUCAAAUUCAAUAAGAAAAACAGCGAAAAGGCCCUUCCAGCUCCAUUCGUCGAACAAAAUGAUUUAGAAGGGGCAAUGAACAACAUUGAAGAAAAACAACAAAUAGAUGAACUAAAACGAGACCUUCGUAAGGCGGGGAGAGAUAUUUUGGAUGACCUUUUUGACAAGGAAAAAAUCAAUAUCGUGGCAGGUCCGGGAGACUCCUCGUUAUGUGUUCAUGCUUCUGCUGCAGGGUAUCCUGUCGCCACAGUCCCGAUAGGACAACUUCGCUAUAAUGACCGGCCGCUCGGUCUAUGUUUGGUGGCCAGGGCAAACGAGGAAGAGACUUUAUUGCGGUUCAUGGGAGUGUACGAAAAGCUUGCUAAGCCUCGUCCGGUUCCGAAAUUUUGA